AUGAUCAAGAUGAUUAACGCCAAAGGUGGUGGCAUCACCUGGGAUGAGAAACCCUCGUAAGCCUUAUUUCUUGUCGUGAGCUUUGCGAACGGGCAAGUGAUGUCUUGCGGAUCGAAUACCGGCAGACUUUUCCUCAAGUUUGAGGGUACGCAGGCGCAAAUGGCGGAGGAUGUUGAACGGACCAAAAAGAUUGUCAAGAAUAACAAUGGGUCAAAAUUCACGUUCUCGCGCAACGACAAGGAGGCGGAAAAUAUUUGGUAUAGUCGCAAGGUGGGUGUCACUUGGCCACGGUGCCUCCCCGCUCUGCCCGGAUGACUGACCCUCCGUGCCCACGCGAACAGAUGGGUCUGUAUGCGGUAAUCGACUACGUUCCCGGCAGCAAAGUGAUCGUAACAGAUGUGUGCGUACCACCUUCGCAAUUCCCUGCACUCGUCGCAGCGACCAAAGCCGACAUCUCGACUCAAGGCCUGAUCGGCCCCUUCCUCUCGCACGCCGGGGACGGUAACUUCCAUGCGCUCCUGUCAUGGACGACGCAAGAGGAGAAGGAAAGAGGCGACGGCGUCGUUGCUCGUAUGGUCGAACGUGCACAGGCGUUGGAUGGGACUUGUACGGGCGAACAUGGGGUCGGGAUGGGCAAGAUCAAGUACCUCGAGGCCGAGUUGGGGCCGGGUACGAUUGAUAUCUUGAAGAAAAUCAAGCAUAUUUUGGAUCCGAAGGGGAUCUUUAAUCCGGGGAAAUUGAUCAAGGAGGAGCCGUGUUGUUGA